CUCGGGCUGGCCAGCAUCACUGUCCACGUACACGUUGUCCUCCCUCCCGCAGGAUUCUUACCCGCCCUGGCCUGUGUGUACGCGGGGCUGACCCAGAGGAGGAGUAGGAGGAGGUGGGAUCAAGCCUCUGGUGGUCGUGAGCUGGUCGCAGACGUUUACGUGCAGCAGCAGCAGCAGAUCUCCAGCGAGGAGGAACCAUUAGUGCUGUGGUUGAUAAUUCAGGAGUGGAACGUCACGACAAGAGAAGCCCCCUCUCUCCCCGGGACCCCCUGCCUCCCUGCCUCUCUGCCAACGACUCACAUUUCAUCCGCGACACCGUCGAGUUUCUCUCUUUCUCUCCAGACCCAGCGACCCUCCGGACCCACUGUCACCAGCGGGAGCUCUGUGAUGAGGUCGCCCUGCAGCAGCGGCUCGGUAACGCCAAGAUAAAGCGGCUGUUUUCGGUUGUUGUUGUCUGGACGGUGCUCGGCUUUAGCCCGGGCGAGUGAAGAAACACACCGCAGGAAAACGAAACUGCUACUGGGGCUGAGGGAAACGCCGAAUAUCCAUGAGCUCCGAUUUCCCACACUACAGUUUCAGGAUGCCAAAUAUAGGGUUCCAGAACCUUCCCCUUAAUAUCUACAUUGUGGUGUUUGGGACAGCCAUCUUUGUCUUCAUCCUCAGCCUCCUCUUCUGCUGCUACUUAAUAAGGUUACGGCACCAGGCGCACAAAGAGCUAUAUGCAUACAAACAAGUCAUUCAGAAGGAAAAAGUCAAAGAGCCAAAUUUGCAUGAGAUAUGUGCGGUGUGCUUGGAGGAGUUCAAACAGAAAGAUGAGCUGGGGAUUUGUCCAUGUAAACAUGCCUUUCACAGAAAGUAAGUAUAAGGUU